AAAAUAUAAUUUAUAUUAACAGGUACAAUGGAUGAGAUGAGUGAAGAAGUUUCCUCUGACGAUAGUUCUGAUGAUUAUGAGCGUGAACAGUUAGAGAUUGCUUUGUAUUCUCAGAUACAUUUUGACCAGAAUAAUGAAGGCAUUCCACAAGAAAAUAACAAGGAAGGGGGCGUCAAUGCUGACAGUUCUGUUGAAAACAACUUCAUAAUCUGUGUACAAGGAAAUGAAAAGAAAGGAUUUGUUGCAGUUGAAACAAAUGCUGAUAUUAUUUUAAAUGAAAAUAUUGAAGACAAGUAUAGAAAUUCAAAUGAGGAUACCAGGGGAAAUGAAAAAACUCUACAUGUCAAAACCGUAAGUGAUAUAGAAAAAUCAAAAUUUGCCAAUGGUACAAACUCGAUACAAAAGCAGAAGAAACCUUUUGAAGAUACUACAUCUGCUAUAAGAGAGAUAACAAAAGCAAAAAAAAUACAUGCCAUGAUAAGAAACACAUCAAGAAAACAAGAUAAAAAACUUACUGCAGAAAAAUUAAUCCUUGGAAAUCACCUUGAAUAUGAUUGUGAAAUAGACGAGUUUGUUGUAGAUGUUGAUGAUGACAGUGAAGUAGAGAUGAUGUCCUGUUCAGACAAUGAUGAGAUCUUAAUAUUAGGUAGUGAAUCAGACAGUUUAGAUGUUGUUCUUGGAGAGCCUGGAGAGGAGAAAAAUGAUAUCCAAAUGAACAUACAUUCCAAUCCCAGGUACACAUACAAGAAAAUGUCAAAUGAAGAUUCAAUAACCAGGGAUGAGGAGGGCCAUCAUGAUGAUGAGGGUCACUGGGUUAUUAACAGAGAAGACAGUUACAGGGAUCUUAUAUCCGCUACAUGCCGACGUAGUAGAUACUACAAACCUAUCCGAUGCCACAACUGUGAUAAAGAAGGUCAUCUUUCUAAGAAUUGUCCACAACCAAAGAAAGUAGUUGUGUGUAUCAUGUGUGCGGAGCCAGGCCAUAUCUGCAGGAAUUGUCCACAAGCUAUGUGUUAUAACUGUGAGGAACCGGGACAUGACUCAAAAAACUGCACAGCCCCGCGACGCAGCUUCAACUAUACAUGUUAUAGAUGUAACAUGCAAGGACACGAUCAGAAUCAAUGUCCGGAUAAUUGGCGUCAGUAUCAUGUCACAGUAACACCAGGAAAAAUUCAGCAUUUUCCCAUACAGACAAAAAGGAAGAGGCCUUCCUGCUUUAACUGUGGUGAUGAAGGUCAUUUUGGACAUGAGUGUGAAGACGAGAGGAUGAGCAAGUUUACAAGAAUUAAUACACCUUUCAUCUGCAGAUACCAGACUGUCAAGGAAAUCAACAACAUUAUGAGAAGAUUUGAUGAAGUAGGAGAAAGACCGCUGAAAAGAUCAAGAAGUGAUGGGUGGAUUGGUAACAUGGACAAGAGAGCGAAUACAUUCAAAGGCAGUUAUAACAAAAUAACAUUUGACGAUACUUUUGAUGGAAAGAAACCACACAGAACAGAUGCGAAUGAUGAUCAGGAGGACUUUGUAAGAGGAAAAGACAAGAAAAAACAGUCACCAUUCGCACACGUUGCCAAGAAACAUUCUGACAACAGGACAGGAAGGAAUAAUUUUGACAAAAUGCAGUUUACAAUAGCACACAAAAAGAAAGAAGAUGGUAUUCAUUGCAAGAAUGAGAUAUCGGAGACAAUUGAGAAAAAGAAGUCAAAGAAGAAAAAGAAGAAGAAAGGAAAAGAGAAAAAUGAUAAUUCUCAGAUUGAUUUUGCACAAGAAAAGGGUAAACGCACACAAGAAAUAGAGGGUUCACAUGAAAGAAACACUGAAAAGAAAGGUUUGCAUGAAAUAGGCAAAGAAAAGAAGACUUCAAAGGAAAAUUCUAAGUCAAGAUAUAGAGACAAGGACUACACAAUAAGUGGACAAGAAUUGAAUGAACACAGAAAUUCUGAAGAAAGAAAAGUGACAAUAGACUUGUCAAGUAAUAAUUUGACCAUUCUUGCCAAAAGGGAUUUUAGUGAAGUCUUUGAUACGGGUGAACAUGCAACUGCAGGGAAGGUAACAUAUGAGAUAGACCAGGGAAUGAAGGUAACUGACAAGGGAAAGAAGUGUUUAAAUGAAACUGCUGACACAAGAUUAGAAGGGAAAAAUCAGAGGACAUCUGUAAGAUUUGAUGUGAACAGACCUCUAAAACAAACUAAGAAGAACAGUAGAAGUUGUAGUAGUCUUGGAACAGAUAUGAUAGAUUUCACUGUAAAUAGAGAAAUUACUGUAGGGACAACAAAGGAUAAAAAUUCAGACAGAAUACAGGAAAAGUACUCAAGUGUAAAAAAUGAUAAUUUGAGAGCAGAUGAUUUAUUCUCUCUGCAGAAAAUUAAGAAAUUACGAGCUGGUGGUCAGUUUGACAUAGCUAUGGAAGAGGAAGAUAUAGAGCAUCAGGUGCAUAACAACCAGUGGUGGCAGAAUUCGGAAAAAAGCAAAAAAAGACGUAAUAGAAGAAAGAAAAAGAAUAAUCAUGUUUUUUUCAACUGAAAUCUGUGAUAAUUGUUGUUAAUCAUUAAAAAAGCGGUAUAAAGCUAA